AUGAACUCCGUGUCGCCGGCCGCCGCGCAGUACCGCAGCGGGAGCCCCGAGGACGCGCGCCGGCCCGAGGGCCGCAGGCCGAGGGGACAGCGCACCCCCGACCCCCACGGCCUUGGGCCUGCAGGAGCCAGCUCCGGAGAACCCGACGAAGUGGACAAGUUCAAGGCCAAGUUCCUGACAGCCUGGAACAACGUCAAGUAUGGUUGGGCAGUGAAAAGCCGGACCAGCUUUAGCAAGAUCUCCAGUGUUCACCUCUGUGGUCGCCGUUAUCGUUUUGAGGGCCAGGGUGACAUCCAACAUUUCCAGAGGGACUUUGUGUCCAGACUGUGGCUCACAUAUCGCCGGGACUUCCCACCUCUAGCCGGGGGCAGCUUGACUUCAGACUGUGGCUGGGGAUGUAUGUUACGAAGUGGGCAGAUGAUGCUGGCCCAGGGCUUGCUUUUGCAUUUCCUGUCCAGAGACUGGAGGUGGGCAGAAGGCACAGGCCUGGCCCCCUCUGAGCUGUCAGGGUCCUCUUCCAGCCGGUACCGCAUGCCUGCCUGCCGGGUGCCCCCAUGCUGGGCUCAGGGUGCCUCUGAGCUAGAGCAGGAUCAGUUGCACCGGCAGAUUGUGUCCUGGUUCGCUGACCAUCCUCAAGCCCCCUUUGGCCUGCACCGGCUGGUGGAGCUUGGGCAGAGCUCAGGCAAGAAGGCAGGGGACUGGUAUGGGCCAUCAGUGGUGGCACAUAUCCUCAGGAAAGCUGUGGAGAGCUGCUCUGAGGUCACCCGGCUGGUGGUAUAUGUGUCACAGGACUGUACAGUGUACAAGGCAGAUGUGGCACGCCUGGUAGCCAGACCAGACCCCACAGCAGAAUGGAAGUCUGUGAUCAUCCUUGUGCCUGUGCGACUGGGUGGUGAGACACUCAACCCUGUGUAUGUUCCCUGUGUGAAGGAGCUCCUGAGGUCAGAACUCUGCCUGGGCAUCAUGGGGGGCAAACCCCGACACUCACUUUACUUCGUAGGCUACCAGGAUGACUUCCUGCUCUACCUGGACCCUCAUUACUGCCAGCCCACUGUGGAUGUUAGCCAGGCCGACUUCCCCCUGGAGUCCUUCCACUGUACCUCGCCCCGCAAAAUGGCCUUUACCAAGAUGGACCCAAGCUGUACUGUGGGAUUCUAUGCUGGAAACAGGAAGGAAUUUGAGACUCUCUGCUCAGAGCUGACCAGGAUCCUCAGCUCCUCCUCAGCCACACAGCGCUACCCCAUGUUCACUGUGGCCGAGGGCCAUGCUCAGGACCACAGCCUGGAUGACCUCUGCACACAGCUCUCCCAGCCCACGCUCCGGCUCCCUCGCACAGGACGACUCCUCAAAGCCAAAAGGCCCAGUUCUGAGGACUUUGUGUUUUUAUAAUGCUAGGGGAUGGGGGAAAAGAUGUGAAACUAUUUAUUUUUUUAUUUAUGUCAUCUUAGAUAUGGGAUGUAGGACUCUGUAGGUAGAUUUCCUGACCUCACACCCCACAGAGCAGAGACCAGUCUAAGGCCUCAAUCUGGGGCCAGCCCACAGGCUGCCAGCAUCACUGUGAUCCUCCUCAGGGUGGGCAGGCAGAUUCCCGGGCAUCCACUCAGGGCCUGAUUGAAGUACUGUAGCUUGCACUGGACUGGCUGUGCUCCUCACUGCUCCCAAAGACCCUGUCCUGGAAAAACUGGCUGCUGGGGCUAAUAAAGAUGCUGGGACAAGAA